GGGUGCACGCACUCGAUGGUGGCAACUCUUCCGUGUUAUUCCCUUCCCGAGUGCGUAGACACAACUGGUUCUUGGAGCGCAGAUUCGCGUUCACAGCACCGCUUGGAUUGGCGAUGUCGCUUCUCGCACUUUGACAGAGUGCAAGCGCAAAUCAGAUAAGGAUCUCGCUAGAAUCACCCGCGUCCUUGAAAGAAAACCUAUUGCAUGAUGCUACGGUGAAAUGCGUGACGCAGCAGCAAUGCCGCAAGUAGUAAAAUUAUUCAAGAACAAGAGAUAACAUCGCACAUAUUAUAGCGUUCACGAGGUUCGCAAUAAGGCAAUGCACAAUGCUGAGUCCGACCAGUCGUCCCGGCCUGUAUCCUGGCACAGGAUAUCUCAUAGGGCCGCGGGUGCCUCACGGGCUCGCAGCCGCGGUCGAAGGUCUUACCAGGGAGGUGCUGCGCUACCGUCCCGAGGACAUCUAUGUCUUCGCGGCCCGCCAUUUUGAGAAACUGCUGAAGCUGCGAGAACAAUAUCACGACGAUGAUGAUUUUACUCGUGAAUUUAAUCUGUGGCCUACCAAAGAGUCCGGAGAUGCCGGAGAUACCCAGCGGAGCAGGCGGUCCUUGGACAAAGAGGCCAAAAUCCUCGAGAGACGCGGCAAGACGCCUGCCGACGUGGAGGAGAGUCCGGAGGACGUGUCUGUCGGCAGAGAGAAGCGGAAGUCGUCGAAGCAGACAUGUUCGAAGAGCUCGUCGAACACGAGGAGAGCCUCGAGGAGGUCCACCAAGGACAAGGAUACGCCGUCUGAACCUCGCGCGACGAAGAUCAUCUCGCAGAUGACUGUUCUCCGCAGCUCCAGUAAGACUAUCCUGACGAAAGACAUUAAGCAAGAACUCAGGAAGAAUAAACUGAACUCCGGUGAGAAGGGCAAGCUGUCCGACAGUGUGGAGAAGGGAAUUCGAUGCGAGAGGCGGUCCAGAACGAAAGUGAAGAUGGACAAGAGUGCCGAGGAGGAGAUCGAACGCACUGCGAUGAUGACCGCAGGCAGGACCUCCACUCGAAGACCCUUGAAGAAGGCGCGGCGGAUCGAGACCGAGUCCGAGACUGAGACAGAUCGCGAAAUUGCAACGAGGGACAAACUUGAAGACAGCUACGAGAGAGCAAGCGUUAAGGGCGCCGGUAGUGGACUCAAAGUGGUCGGCGGUCCAAAAAUGGCGGCAUGGCUCUCCGAACAUUCCUCCGAGAGGAAAGUCUCGUCGAGGGCGCUCAGCAUGGACCGCAUCAGGGCGUAUGUCCUGCGUAAGUUCGCGAGCUCAGCGAGCCUGGAGGUACUCCGCUCGCCUACCUACGUGGAGCAGGUGCAGGAGGUGAUCGAUCGCGCGGCUCCGAUCAUCAAGGAGAAGUUGGAGGAGAUGAGGCGCCCGCGAGGCAAGCGUUCGCGCUCGGUUGACUUCGCCUGGAACGAGGACGAAAGGUUUCGCCGUUGCCCGCGUAGGGACAGCAGGAAGUGCGACCAUGAUCACGACGACGAUGAGGACAAGCGGCGAGGGAGAAGCGGUGACCGACAGUCCAACGACGCGAAGAGAGUCGACGAGGCGAAGGAUCAGCCGACGGGGCGGUGUGAGGUGCUAUCGAACACGGAGGACGACGAGAGGCGACCAGGAAGACGCAGCACGUCUAACUCCGGGCGAAGGUCGAGGAGACGCGAAAGCGGCGGCGAUGACACAGAGCGGAGCAACAAGUCGGAACACGAGCCCAGUGCAGGCCACGACACCUUGGAGGCGAGACUGACCGCUACGCAGAGCAUCCUGGAGGGCAUCUCGAUGUCGACGUCCGAACUGAACGGCCGUAAAGUCGAGCCGGGCAGUGAUAAACGCGAAGAACCAUCGACGACGUCACCUGAUACUUCCGAUCACGCAAACGUGGUCUCCUUGCCCAUUGUUAGGCCGCCAUCUUCCAGGAGCUGCAGGAACGGAGUCACGAAGAACGGCUCGAACGGAGGACUCAUUCUGCCGCCGAUCUCGCCGGAAGCGCCCAAGUCGAUCAAGAGAAAGGACGAGUUGUCGUUGCCGGUCUUGUCGGCGUCCGGCAAGAGGUCGCAGGAGCAGGACAUCGACAACGCCAAGGUUGCCGAAGACGGUUCGACGAUGCGCGACGUUACGAGUGACAUGGAGGACAUCGCGACUCUUCCGAAAGACGGGGAUGAACGAAACGCGGCAGCAACUGAUGCGACGCGAGAUCCGAAUGGUGGUGGUCAGGACUUGAUACCGGGGGAUGGAGAAGGUGGUAAAGGAGACGAAGAUGCGGAGGAGGAAGCUCUUUGGAAGGACACUUCGUGGGAGCUCACUGGCAAACGUAUGAGCGAUGCUUCCCUCGAUCGAGAACUUGAGGAGCGUCGAGGAUCAUCAACGAAAUCGGAAGAGAAAAGGGUAGAGGAAGUUUACAAGGACAGCUUGAACGUAACGCCGGAAGUGACCGACGUGCCACCGCGGCCGGACUCGUUGGAGUUCGAGGAAGACGAGCGGGAAAAACUUCCGGACGACAGUGACAUGCAAAAUAACACCCUUGACGGUCUGAAGGACAGGUUGAUCGAGAUCGAGAUGGUGGAGCGGAAUAUUGAAAAGGCGUUGGCUGGCCAACAGGUCACUACGUGUAAUGAUGAAGCGGAAAGCGAAGGGAGAAAGUCGACUAGUGUUGAGGAAAUGAACGAAGCAAGGAGAUCGAGUGAUGAGACGCAAAAGAUUGCGGAUGAGGUAGAAAAGUCGAUGAACGGACGAGGAACGUCGAAUGAAGAAGAAGGAGAAGAAGAAAAAGAAGAAGGGAAAGAAAAUUCGGCAAAAGAAGCAGAGAAGGAGAGCAAUAAUGCAGAGAAACUUACAAACGAAAGUGAAACACCGAGUGAAAAAAGAAAAUUGAUGAGUGAAGAAGAAAAGGAUAAAGUUGAGGAAUCGGCAAAUAAAGUGGAAGAAGAGAUUAAUAAUGUAGAGACACCGAAGAGCGAAACGGAAAACUUGACGGAAAUGUCGGCAAACGAUGUGAAAAUCUCGAGCGAAAUUAAAAGAUCGGAGGAGGAAAUGGAAAUGUUGAAGAGCGGAAUGAAAAUAACGACAGAGGGAAGUGAAUCGCCCACAACGGUAGCGACCGAAGAGCUGAACGAGGAGAAGGGAUCCAAGGAUCAAAUUGAGGUAUCGACAAACGAAACGGAGGAGUCGCCGAUUGCUGUGGAGGAAUUAGUGGUUAAGCAUCAUAUCAAAAGUCUGGAAUCUGCAAACACACGAUUUCAGGAGAAAGACGAGCAGUUUGCGGAAGUGGCCGUUCACGGGACGGAUGACGAGGACGACGUGUCAAACAGCGAAACUAUGGCGACAGAUGCGUCGCUACAGACUACAAGCUCCGGAAAUACCGCAGCUGUAGAUGAAUGUUCGAAAGCGAGUCCUUCGACGAAUGGAAACAGCAUGAGUGGAACGAAAGGAAGGAAGAAACGCGAGGUCAACGAGUUACCGCCGACUACGCCGCUGUCCUUAAAAAUUCCAUUUUCUUACGUCCUUAGCGAAGGCUCUCCGUGCGAGAUCCCUGAUACCGUGACGACCGUGAUUAUUCCGGACAGACCGUGUCCAUCUCCCGUAAUUCCAGAGAUCGAGGAUCGAGGAUCGUCGGACUCAACCAAUCGCCCAACCGAAUUAACCUCUCACGACAGUACCCUGGAAGACGUGUCAAAGGACGAGACGCAACAGGACGAAUAUGACAUGAAUGUCUUUGGCGAAUACAUCCGUCCGGAAGUUAGUGUUCAGAAGCCAGUCGACAUUGACUUCGUGCACGGCGCGAGGAGUCAAGACAUAGUGAUAACCCAUCAGGACUUAGACAGGAUCAAAGAAGAAGGAGAAGAAGAGGAAGAAGAUAAAGAGAACGACAAACAAGCAAAGGAAGAGAGCCAUUUAGAGAAGAAGGAAGAUGAACAGGCAGUUGCGCAGGCUGAAGGCACGAUGAAGCUCGAGGACAUUGCGGAGCACGAAGAGAACGAGACCGAUGUAGGGACGACUCCCGAGUCGACGAAUGUCGAAGAAAUUCCUGCUCAUCGCGUUCAUGAGUACGAAGCUUCAGCCGACAAUAUCGACAGCAUCGGUUUGACGAAUGCGAGCAAAACGAACAUCGCAAUGGAGUCCAGAAGCACGUCGGAGGAGAAUGGCAGUAGCCAGGAUAUCCACACCAUGACCACUUCAAGCGACGCGAAGGAGAGCACCGCGAGUAAUCAGUCGGCCGGAAGCUCGAGCAUCGGCAGACCGAUAGUGCCGGAGCUGAAUUUGGACUCUCUUCAGGAUAACACAGUAUCGUCGUUCAAGAUGACGGCUAAUGGCACGGCGACGAAGGGGAGUAAUGACAGCCCGAGGGAGAGCGAUGCCACGAUGUCCUUGAUUGAACCGUUGACACCGGACGAGAGACUGACGAUGGGGAAUCGACUGGUCUUGGCCGACCGCGAGUUGGAGACUCCUGUCGAGGAGAGUUUGCCGCAGGGUUGGUCGGACGUUCCGGAGGCCGAUCAACUAUAUCAAGCGGAGCAAGCGGAAUAUGAGCUGUUAAACAGAGACUCGUUGUCCCCAGAAGCUGUCUUGGAUGAAACGAAAGUUCAAGAGAAAAAAGUCGACGACACCGCACGUGUUAGCUCAACUUUGCGAGAGAAGAGAAAGUCGGAGGAAUUGGACAGCGAGGAAGAGAUCGCGAAGGAAUUGAUAGGUCUGUUGGAUAAAGAAGCGCAACUCAGUGCUGAAGAAUCAGAUCGCACGGAAAAGAGGUCCGACGACCAUCCCGCAGAGGUUAGUCUGGACGUGGCCGAUGGAACUAGUCAACCAUUAUCGGACUCUAUGCACUCCGUAUCAGUUGACGAAGCAGAGAAAGAAAAAGAAGAUGUACCUUCGGAGCAAUAUGGAACGUUGCACGACGAAGAUGUUGUAAGGAGCGAAGUAGUUCGCGAUUUGUCAAGCCAUUUAGCGGAUAGCAGUCAAGAGAACGAGGCUGAUAAUAAGGCGAUGAUCAACGAAAAAACUAAAGAAACCAGGUCGGAAGACGAGGAGAAGAAACACGUGGAAAGUAGCCAGGUGACUCCUCCAACAGUGUUUGAGAGAGACGAAUGCUUAGUUGAAGAUAACGAAACAACAAAUCAAGAAACCGAAGAAACUAAAUUGGAAGUUGAAGAGAAAGAACACGUAGAGAUCAGCCAACUCGCGCCUCUAGCAGAGUUUGAGCAAGACGAGUUUCAAGAAGAGAAUGGAGGACAUGAGAUUGCCGAUGAGAAAAUUGCAGUCGAACGUAACGGCGACGUUAUUGACGACAAGUUCGCCGACAAUCAGAAAGGUCUAGGAGACGAACAAAUGAAGGAUGUUCCAAAGAGCCAAAACAACGACAGUGUGAAUGAAACAGAAGAAUUCCAUGAGAAACCGAAAGAAGACAGACAAGAAGAGUCGGAAGGUCGGGAGCAUCGCGAAGAAGAAGAUGUGGAGGUGCAAAUAGAACGUCAGCAUGAAGAAUCGAAGGACGAAGAGAAACACGAGCAGGAAGUGUCGAAGGACGGAGAGAAACACGAGCGAGAGGAAUCUAUGGCAGACGAAGAAAAUAAGCAGCAGCAUGUGGAAGUUCUGGAGGCAACGAAAUCAAGGGAAGAUUCGCUGCAGAAGUCGACGGAAGAAAACGAAGACGCUGAACACGCUCCGAUCGAGUCGGUCACUCCCGAGGAAUCCAUCGUCGCCGAUAAUCAUACCGCGACAGUCGUGGCAAACAGACAAGAAGAGAAGAUUGACAAUUCUCCGGCAAAGUUGGAAAGUGUUCACGGACCGAUAACGAGCGCAAUCUCGGAACAAUCGUCGACGGAUCAUCAUGGACGAUAUUGGACCACGGCAACGAAGUCGUCGACCGCGGAGACAGUGAUUGCAGCUUUUGGUUCGAGUACGAGUACAGACGAGAAGACAAAAGCCCUCGACGAAGCUCCGAAAAUCAUGGAGAAUGGAUCGAUCGUUCGGGAGAAGGACGAUUUUCAUUCGGCGGUUGUAAAAAUCCAAGCUUGUAUCCGAGGAUUUCUAGCGCGUCGUCGCCGGCAAAGGGAUCUUCGCUCAGAUUCUAUUUCCAAUGACGCUCCUUUGGCGCAGGAAACUGCUGUUGUAUAUAACGAGCAUUUGAUUGCGUCAGAGAAUAAUCUGAGUUUGCGAGAAGCCAGGAGCGGGCGGCACCGUCUUCGACGAGAGGAGGCUCUGAGAAAGACCACCCUCUCGCUGGAGAACGCCUUCGCCACGAGUCGGCUCCAACACACCGGCGAGUUCCACGACUCCGUGCCGUUGCCGCUGUUCGACUUAACGAACAGUGAAACUAAUUCGGAUGACUCGGCGAGCGAGCCUCUGGACAAAAAAGCCGAAGAAGUGCAGACGAGAACUGACGCUGCGAAAUCCAGCGCGUGCGAAGCUACGAAUUGUCACGACGACGAGCGUCACGGAAGGUCCCAGAAGAGUAGCAACGCCUUCGCCGAUCGUCCCGAGCUGCCGAUCGUGAUGCAGCUGUUGGCGGACGUGUCGCGCAAUUGUCACUUCCGGAUCAACCGGAACUCCGAUCCUGACAUGAAUCUGAGCGCCGGAGGCGCGAAGCUCAUAGAACCCGCGUUGGAUAUUCUGAUGCUGGGUUACCCGAGAGAUGAGGCGACUCUUCAGAAUCGAUACCUGAAUUUUAUCACUAGCGUGGAGGACGUGGGUUCCAACAUGGAUUACUUACCUGCAGGUGUUGCGACAAAGAGCACGGGCAAUAUGAAUGAUGCUCAAGCCUCAGUUACUUCCGGGGAGACUUCAGUGCCUGAAUCACUCAGGGAACCCUUGGCCCUUCCGGGUACACUUCAGGGUGUCGUGAUUGAGGAGCUGACCAGCUUGGACGAGGCAGCUGGGGAUGUCUUGUCGGCGAAGUCGGAGUCUACGAAACAGUCGACCGCGACGAAGACCUCGCUAGAUACAAGCAGUUCGGUGCCGCUGGAAGAAUAUUCUCUCGAGAAGAAGGAAAGUCAUGUAGAAUCAUCGCCGAGAACUAAUUCAGAUGACAAGGGCAAUGUGAUCAGCGAUCGAAAGAAGAUGACGGUCGAAGAAGUAGAGACGAGAAAAUCAACGGAAGAGACGUCGCCCGUCGACCGUAACUUACGAAGUGCCGAAGAGGUCGAUUUGCAUGCUGAGGAUGCGAGCGAAACGUCCAACGCGAUCUUCCAUGACAGCAACAGAUACGCGAACGAAGAGGAGAAGGAAAAGACGUGAACUGUUGGUAAAAUCGGCGGCGUGAGAGCCCUCGCAGGCAAAUUGCCUUAAACAUAAAUAUAGGACAUAAACCUGAAGAAUCAACUAACGUUUAUCGGAAAAAUGAAAGAAAUAUAAAAAUAUGCUGAGUCUGUUGGCGAACUUCAU